UAUUAUUGUUUUCCCCCAAAUGGUGCUUCCUGCCUGGGUUGGUGAGGCCUUCACAUCUCUUGCCUCCCCCUCAACCUCUCAUAGAUAGACCAGAUGGUGGCUUUAUGGCAGAAAGGGUGCACCACUAGUGUUUGCCUUUAUGCACAAACAAUUGGCCAGACUUCACUCUCAUUGCCAAAAUGCUCUCUCGCUCUCUCCUUUGAAAAUGAAAAUCUGUUUAAAAUAAGAAAAAUAACACUGUAAUGGUUAAAUAAUAGGAAAUGAAAAACAUUAUUUGCAUUUAAAGGGAUUGAGAUGCUAAAAAAUAGUAUUUAUAAUUCGAAAUACUGUUUAAAUAACUGUUAACCUGUUUAUUGUCUCCCCAUUAGGAACUACUGGUCCUCGAGCAGCUAUUAUUUCUGGGUUUUUUUCUUUCUGCAACAUUUUAAAAGUUGUAGUCGACUCAUAAAGUUAAAUUUUAGUGUCUUUUUAACCUUUUCCCCCUUUUUCACAAAAAAUAAAAUUGUCAUCUACUUUAUAAAAAGUGCACUAAGUAAAACUAAUUAAAUCAUACUAAAGAGCAUAUACAGUAUAUAUAAUAUUUGUAGCCAAGCACAACUACAGCAUUUUCAUUUACUGUCUCUGCGCUUCGGCACAAUGGAGGAUUUCUUGUCUGCUUUUGUUUCAUCCACAAGCACAGCACAAUGAAGUGCGCCUGUCUGUUCUUUACUUAUGUUAACAGUGUUUCUAAAAAUAUUAACCGUCAUGCUACAGAAAACAUUAAUACUUUGUCAGAAAGCCCAGGGCAAUAGUAAUUCUAUCAAAUUAUAUAGGCAACUGAAUCGUUUUGGAUUAAGCUGAAUGUGUUUGUGUUGCUAUUUACAUGUGUUGCCUCAGGAUCUAGGUUAAACCAUUGUUGUCUGAACAAUGUUCACUGCUCUGGAAAUUCUCCAGUGUGUGAUGAAAUAGCUUGAACCCUGAAAGUCAACAUGGUACAUGAUACAAGGACGUUUGGAGGACUUCUACAAGACUUAAGUAAAUAAACAACUAAAAUAAAUGAAAACCCAAGAUGAUCAUUUUGAGAAGUGUUUUCCAUCACAGCAAAGACAAAGAUAACGGAUGAUUGCAUCAAUCUGAAAAGUCUGUAAAAGUUUGAAUGUGCUUAGCUGUUGAACACAUCAUUCGACACCACUGUGACAUCUCUUGUUUUUCAGUUUUAAAAGAUGUAUUACAGUGAAAAGUUCAUGCUGCUCAGCGAGGUCCAACAAUGAGAGCAGUGUUACAUGGAGUUUAGAAACACGAGGACAGUCCGCAGGCUCACAGUAUGCAAUAUGCAUGCAGGGGCCACUGAGAAGAGUACACAUGAGAAUCACAAUGAUGUGUGUUGCCUUUCAAGGGUCUGACAGAAAGAAAUAUGCGACCCACUCGGAUAACAGAUUCAUGACCAUGCCUGUGUGACACAGACUUAACUGAGUACAGACAAGUUGUGCAAAAUGACCACAGACAUUACCGGUCGUCUUCCACUCAAUGUUUAUGUCAUCAUUCUUGGGAUAGGCCUCUUCAUCUUCAUGUUGAGCAUGAUCUUCUGUUGCUACCUGUUCAGACUGAGGCGACAGGGCACGCAAGAACAAUAUGGAUAUAAUGAGGUCGUUCUAAAAGGUCCAGGGAAAAAAUUGAGUCUUCUUGGACAGACCUGUGCAGUUUGCCUGGAAGAGUUUCGGAGCCGAGAUGAACUAGGGGUUUGCCCUUGUUCUCAUGCGUUUCACAAGAAGUGUCUGGUGAAGUGGCUGGAAAUUCGCAGCGUCUGCCCCAUGUGCAACAAACCCAUCUGCAGGCUCCAGCCAGACCCUCUGCAGGGGGCAGAGGGGCCCCAGAACCCCCUGGAGGUGUGACAGAAGAGGGACAUCGCUGCUCAUAGAUAGGCAGGCUCUCACACACCUAAGAACAGCGUUAAAAAUCACCACACUACUGGAGCGGGCGGACUCGUCCCAAAUACACAUCCACCGCCCCUGUCCACCAAUCACCAGAUUUCUCCUGCAUAGAUGGGGGGAGGGAAGGGAAGUGGGAUUUUCCCAGUGGAACUGAACUGAUGUGCCGUGUUCUUGGUCAUAAUGUAGCUUGCAUCAAGAUUAAUUGAUGCCUUAUGGAGAUGCACAAAACAUGAGGUCUGAGUUGACACUGUGCAAUAUGUGCAAGCAUACAGUAGUACCCGUCUAAGGGAGACUGUGGUCACUAUUAAUACCAUAAAGAGUAAAGUUUAGAUAUGCCUAGUUACAGAAUCCAAAGUUAGGAGCCUGAGUCCUGACCUUUAGGAUCUGUGAGCUCAUCGUUUUUUACUCUUGCCAAUAUUUUGACAUUUGACACUCAUAAAUGUGUUUCUUUAGAGUGUUCUGAGUGCUAAAGGGAGCUCAUAGUCUUGAUGAGAACCCAUGCUGUAAUCCGGAACCCUCAGAUUUAGAUGAAAUUUGGCCUAAUUUAAGUUAUUUAAGGUGGAUGUUUUGUACUAUAUAUGGCUCUCAAUAAAAUGUAAACUUUCUGUGAUGAAA